UUGUCUUGGAAACCUCAUCAUUUAAGUUGCUGCAGCUUGACAUUCUUCAAGCUGGUUUGUAAAUAUUUGAAUCACAUUAUGGGAUUGCUAGACAGACUUUCAGGCUUGCUUGGCCUAAAGAAGAAGGAGGUUCAUGUUUUGUGCCUUGGUCUGGAUAAUAGUGGCAAAACAACAAUCAUUAACAAACUUAAACCUUCAAAUGCUCAAUCACAAGAUAUAGUUCCAACCAUAGGAUUCAGCAUAGAAAAAUUCAAAUCAUCCAGUUUGUCUUUUACAGUGUUUGACAUGUCAGGUCAAGGAAGAUACAGAAAUCUCUGGGAACACUAUUAUAAAGAAGGACAAGCCAUUAUUUUUGUCAUUGAUAGUAGUGAUAGAUUGAGAAUGGUUGUGGCCAAAGAAGAACUUGAUACUCUGCUGAACCAUCCAGAUAUUAAGCACCGCCGAAUACCAAUCUUAUUCUUUGCAAACAAAAUGGAUCUUAGAGAUGCAGUGACAUCUGUAAAAGUGUCUCAGCUGCUGUGUUUAGAGAACAUCAAAGAUAAACCAUGGCAUAUUUGUGCUAGUGAUGCCAUAAAAGGAGAAGGAUUGCAAGAAGGUGUAGACUGGCUUCAAGAUCAGAUCCAGGCUGUGAAGACAUGAAAAGAUAGUAUUUGGAAACCUCAACAAUUUUCAAUUCAAGGAAUGUAUCUUAAGGCAAACUGAAUACUUCAAAUUUUUUAAAAGAUGUUUGUGCAUCUAAGAAUACUAAGACUUUAUAAUCUUCUGCUUGCAUUUAUGGAUUCUCAAUGAACUUUUUAAGAACAUAGGACUUCAGGUAUGCUAAUAUGACCAUUAAUUAUAUUAAAACUAAAUCUUUCCUCAGAAGGGCUCCUUCCCCAGAAUUAUCAACUUCUUGGUAAAAGUCUACAUUUGAUUGUAAUUAGAAUGUUUAAAGUCAGAUUUAUAAGCCAUCUCAACAUUUCAUCAUGAUUUAUAAUAUCUUUAAUGCAUUUUAUUUUUUAAAUUGUCUUCUGAGAUUUAGUUUAUGAUAUAACUUUGCAGUAUGAUUGUGCUUGGAAAAAGAACUUUAAAUAUUUAUAAGGGACCAUGGGUAAUUAAUAUAUACAUAAAAUUUUUACUAUAUGUCACUGUCAAUAAAACACAGUAUGCAAUGUACCAACUAGUGUACUUUGUUUAUGCUGAAAAGAAUAACGCUGUGUUGUCAUAAUAUUUAAUGUUUUACUGUCAAGCAUUUGUAAAUUAUCUGAGACAGAAUUAAGCUGAAUUUAUCCAGUGAAUGUGUAUUGAACCUCUCUGUACCUACACUAGUCUGGCAUUGUCCUAGGCAAUGGUGAUACAAGGUAAAUAAAUAAGAUAUAUUCUUUAUCCUUAGAGAACUUAAAAAUUAAUGAGGGUGAUUUUGAGAACCUUUUCAUACAUAGUAUCAAUUUUAUUUCAUUGGCUGAAUGAAUAUCUUGAAUUUUA